UUCCAGAGCUGCUCGGUGCGCUGUCCACUUCAGCACCACCAGCCGAGCGGAGGCAGCGGGGCUAGCUAACCCUGAAGAGGGGCGACUGGAAGCCACGGCUCCGCAUCAGCACCACCACCGACCCCGCUCCCGACUACCGAGCCGCGCCGAGACGAUAGCCGCCUGUACUUGCGCGAGAAGCCGCACAGCAGCGAGGCAGAGCACCGCGGAGGAGGGUGUGAUGUCAGCAGGAGACGGGGCUGCUCAGCCAGCACCGCCGACAGUUCUGCAGCGGCAGCAUCCAAUCAAGCAGACAGCACAGGAAAGCACACGCAAAGAGUCAGUAAUCAUGUACGAUGCAACGAGGGUGCCAUCGCCUAAGGACGGUGCAAACGGGAUGGCCCAGCCGGUGGUCCCUGGAGCAGGAGCAGCAGCAGCUGCAGGAUCAGGAGCUCCUGCGCCAACUGUCCUACAAACUAUGACUGAGGAGGGGCAGCCAGGUACGGAGGAGGAGGAGCCCAAAGCAGAGCCUGUCCUGGUGAAGAAGCCGCACAGAGAGAUCCUGGACCAUGAGAGGAAAAGGAGGGUGGAGCUCAAAUGUAUGGAGCUCCAGGAGAUGAUGGAGGAGCAGGGGUACACAGAAGAAGAGAUCCGACAGAAAGUGAGCACAUUCAGACAGAUGCUGAUGGACAAAGAGGGCGUCAUCACCAGAGAAGGAUCACACACACAACCAGUGGUCAACCACCUGCACUAUCAGCCUGACGAGUAUGAGGAGGACCCUGAGUUGGCCGGCUAUGAAGACGGAGACAAUGACCGUGAUUGCCACAGUGACAGCAGAGUGAAGAGGAAAUCAAGCAGCUCUCCAUCCCCUCGUCCAAAGAAGAGGAAGAAGAAGAAAUCUGGCCGCAGAAGGAGCAGGUUUGGCAGCUCCUCACCCACGCGCAGAGAGAAGAAGAAAAAGAGUGGGAAGAAACACAAGCGAGACAGAUCUGCAUCUGGCUCCAGGAACAAGCGGAGAUACAGAUCGGGCAGCCCAAAGAACAAACACAAAGACAAGAAUAAACAGAAAAAGAGGUCCCCCGGUGAGACCCCCGGUAGGAGUUCACAGCGUCAAGGCAGCUGCUGCAGCUCCCGUAGCGCCUCCCUGUCCUCCACUCGCAGCACCUCCAAAUCUCCCUCCAGACUGAACUCCAAGCACAAGACAGACGGACCAAAGACAUCUGGCACCGCGCUGUCCCCGGGCCCCAACAGUCCCGCCACGUGGCACAACGGGGACCACACCCAGCGAAGCCGCAACGGCAAGGCCAGCAGACUCAACCACGUCGAGGGCGAGAAAGGGCACGAUAAACUCCAUCUUCUGACUGCGAGCUCUGCAAGCAUCCAGUCCACGCUGCUUAGAGAGCACAAGCUCCACAGCGCCCCCAGCAGAGGCCAAGCGGGACCGAUGUGCGCGGCAGGAGAAGCCGGGUGUGUGGACGGCAGGACCUCAGCUGUGGGGAGCUCCGUUACCCAGACACCGGGGAGGAGAGGGCAGAGAGGCCAGAACAAGAGCUCCCACUCCCCUGCUCACAGCAGCGACUCAGCCCACUCCCAGCACAACCACACUCACCGAGGGAGGAACUCUCGUCACCAAAGAAAGACAAAAGGCGGCCACUCUUCCAAGCGUCACCACCGCUCCAGUCGGGGCCAGGCGCACCACCGCAGCGUGUCAGCAUCUCCAGGACGACACUCACACACGUCAGGCAGGAAGAAAGAGGAGACUCGGAGCAAAGCCAACCUGCGACAGCGCAGCAGCUCCUGGAGCAGUGGGCGUUCGUCCUCGCACUCUGCAUCCAGAGACAGAGGCCCCAGCAAGGCCAAGUCCCCGCACAACAGACAGAACAACUCCAGAGAGAGGGACAGUCCUAACCACUCCGACACUGGCAGCCGAGCACGCCGCCGCUCACGCAGCUACUCACCCAUUCGCAAAAGAAGAAGAGAUUCCCCCAGCUUCAUGGAGGCUCGCAGGAUCACCAGUGCUCGCAAGCGGCCGAUCCCGUACUACCGGCCCAGUCCGUCCUCGUCCAGCGACGACAGCAGCCCGUCACGGUCCAGCCGCAGCCGCAGCUACAGCAGCUACAGCCGAAGCAGGAGCCACAACAGGAGCCACAACCGGAGCCACAGCCGGAGCAGGAGCUGGAGCCGGAGCCGCAGCCAGAGCCGGAGCUGGAGCCGCAGCAGGAGCCGCUCCUGCAGUCACCACAGCUACUACAGCCGCAGCAGCUACGACAGCCCUGGCUUCUGAACACUCUGUGCAGGGGGGAAACUAAAAGUCCUGUGACAGUGACUGUGCUCCGGUUCAGUUAUCAUGUAUCUUUAAUAAGCCCUCAGCGGUGCCCGCGCAGGCCACUCAGUCCAGGGCUCAGACUCAGACUCCACGACCAUUCUCCCUCUCUAACGCAGAGCCCGGAUCAAAGAGGAGAGGUGUAUUUUGAUAGAGCACAUAUUUGUGUGUCACUGCUCACACCUUCACACACAUGUAUCCAAGCUAUUCAAGGAAAUGUGUUAUCACAUGUUGUACUUUCCUUUAGUGGAGCCCAAAGAUCAAACGUGGCUGUAUGUUAGCACUUUCUCUUCUACCAUAAAACAACCAAAAGGAAUUCAUGAAGAACUAUUUAACAUAUAAAUAUACAGUAUAUAUAUAUAAAUAUAUAUAUAUAUCCUAAAAAUAGGAGCUGAGUAGAAGACAAAAAGAAAACACAUCAUUGACUUACUGUACAUUUCAGACGUUUUUUCCCUCGUCAUGUACUUUUCUCCCUAGACUUCCAUUUCAGCGAAGCACAGAGAUCAACAGACGUGAGAACAAAAGCAGUUGAAUUAGGAAGCAAAAAGAAAAAGGGACUUUUUUAUGAUGGAAAUUCUACUGUAUAGGUUUGUCUGUAUAGAAAUAAGUUCUGGCUUUGUAAACUAUGCACUGUAUAUUCCAUAUAGUUCGAGGACAUUUGUUCAGCAUGAUGCAUCAGGAGAGACUCGCUGCUCGUAAGAGGGAAACUUAGCAAGUGAGAAAGAUGCCGUCGUGCGUCUGUGCUCCCCCCCUGACCUCGACAUCAUGUCACAUACAGAGGUCGAUGAGAAAAAACAAUGUGUAUUAUGUAGUUCUUCUCUUUUCCCUGUUUAAAUUAUUAUGUUCUGCUAAUCCUGUAUGUGUGGGUUUGUGUGUGUGGGUCCACUGUAGCCUGUAUCUAAGGCUGCUGUACGGUACUGUACAGGAAAACUGUCUGCAAAAACUCUCCAUGCACACAUUUGCGUUGACCACGGCUAUUUAUGAAUCGACUGUAUUUAUUUUUAUUGGGUUAUUUAUUUAUUAUUUAACUUAUUUAUUUAUUUAGCGGUGAGCUGUAAAGCAGCUGAGUUUGCUUCAGAUGUGUUUUUUUACACGAGCGGCGAGCAGCUCGUAGGUUCCUUUAUGAUGCUCGGAUUUUAGCCAGUGGAACCUGGUCCUCACUCGCCGUUACUGCCAUCACCAGGCGUCCCUCAUCUGUCGUCAUUUUAAUGCAAGUCAUGGCGGCUCUUCCUGUAGUUAGAGGCGAGGGACCGGCCUGAAGCAGAACCAAACAUCUCCCUGUGUGGAGAGGGCACUCCACUCUUCUUCUCCACCACACGCUCUUAUCCCUUGUAUGAUGGGCCACGCCAUUUUUUUUUAAAGGUCCCCUGGUUACCAGCUUGAAAAGGAGGAUAUGUACAGUAUAUAACUUUAGCAUAGCAGAGACCUCCUCUGUCUGCAGCUUCAGUAGUGCGGUAAACAAAGUGGUGGAACAAUCAGGGAUCACCCUAAGUCUUCCUAACCAUUCGUCCAGUGUCAUGCCACUCAACCCAGUGUUGCAUUCCCAGGAUGACUGAACCCGACUAUAAUACUCUGCAAACCUGUUUGUUUAUUCAAUAUAGCAUCCCCCCCUUGGUUCUACACACCAUUCUUUGUAAUGUACAAGUUAUUAUACCUGACAAUAAACAGAAACUA